AUGUGCAGGUAUGGGGGCCCCGGGCCCCCCAUUAGCUCUUUCGGGCCCCCCAGUGCUGCAUCUCCAGCGAGUGCGAAGGAAGCAGCAGCAGCUCCACCCUCAGCAGCAGCAACAGCAACAGCAGCAGCAGAAGAAGCAGCAGAAGCAGCAGCAAUUGCUGCUGCUGUAAGGCAGCUAAAGCCUGAGGUAGAGAAUUCGUUGUUAUGGUUUGAGAUAAAGCAGAAGCUGGAGGAAGCAGUGAGGGAGGAACUGCAGUGUAUGUACACCGAAUGUGAGGGGGCCCCCAUAGGGGGCCCCCCUGUGGGGCCCCCCGAUAAGGGGGCCCCCGUUGAAGCCCCUGAUAUUGCUGCAUCUGUUUUUAGAAGAGAAGAUGUAGAGUUUGUUUUGAUUUGUUUGGGGCUGGGAAGCCCCAGUGCAUGCACUGAUACUCGUAGCUGCCGCUACCAGCUAGCAAUGGCUUUGCUGCUGCAGCAGCUGCUGCAGGUCUCUGCUAGCUGCAUGCAUGUGCUCGACCCUGUGAUGAGUGCUUUGGAUUUGCGGAUAUUGUUUCUGUUGUUUGGUGGCAGUUGUUUGUCUCCUUUAUCUUUAGAAAAGAACAGAAAAAAGCAGCUAAAAGAUACAAGACAAACUAUUAAUAUUUACUUCGCCCCACACUGUGAUGCAGACCUCUAUGGAGAUUUAUUUGCAACAGAAAAUCGUAUUUCUUUGUUUUGCUCUGUCUGCGGGAAUACUCCUCAUUGUACACCCAAUCAAUGUAUACAUCCCUCAACUACAGACACCAGCAGCAACAGCAGCAGCAGCAACGGCAGCAGCUGCAGAAACAACAGCAGCAGCAACGGCAGCUGUAGUGCUUCCAAAGACCGUGAAGAAACGGAGGGGCCCCCAAACCCUAAAGAAGGAGAGGGGCCUUUAAACCCUAAAGAAGGAGAGGGGCCUUUAAACCCUAAAGAAGGAGAGGGGCCCCUAAACCCUAGAGGGGAGGGGCCCCCAAACCCUGAAGAAGGUGAGGGAGGUUUAGAGGCGAAGUUUUGCGGUUUUGUUUUGCUGGGCAACGCGCUGAGUUCAUACGAAAUGCGACGAAGUCUUUUUAAGGGUUUGCUUCUUACUGAGGUUAACAAAGAUAAAGAGAAAAUAGCAACAACAAAUGCAGCAGCAACAAAUGCAGCAGCAACAAAUGCAGGUGCAACAGCAGCAGGCGCAGCAGCAGCAGACGUAGCAGCAGCAGAAGCACCAGCAGCAGCAGCAGCAGCAGCAGAAGCACCAGCAGCAGCAGCAGCAGCAGCAGAAGCACCAGCAGCAGAAGAGGGAGGAGGAGAGGUGCUGAUAGGGGGAAGCAAAGCAAAUGACGCCCCCAGGCCUUUGACUGAGGCAUCUGCUGCUGCUGCUUCACCUGCUGCUGCUGCUGCUUCAGUGUGUGCAGGUGGCUGUUCAUUUGUGCAGCCUUCUCGGGGUGCGUUGCUGCUGCUGGAGCUGCUGCCUUUUGUAUGGGAGCAGCCGCUGCAGCAGCAGUUUGCUGCUUUUCCUGCUGCCUUCAAUGACCUUGCGAUCUGUAGGCUUCCUUCUUUAAAAACUGAAGAAGAAAGAAAGAAAUUUAUUCAUAUGCUGCUCCUCAAGCAGGAGCAGCAGCAGGAGCAGCAGCAGCAGCAAACGGUGAAGGCGACAGCAGCAAGGAAAAAUAAAGCAAAUAACAGACGCAACAAACAAUAA